AUGGCAUCAAUAAGUUUGAGGAGUAGUUUAAGGAUAUUAUGGACUUCGGUGGCUGCUCUUAUCUUCCUCACGAAGAGUAGUGCCGCACCAGCUUUUGGAGGCACAGAUAAAGCUAUGUCUAAUUAUGACGUGGACUUCCAGAUGUACUUGGCGCAAUACGGUUACCUCAGCCCCUCGGUGAGGAACCCUUCCAGUGGCCACAUUAUGGAUGAGAGCUCGUGGAGAAGAGCUAUUGCUGAGUUUCAGAGCUUCGCUGGACUGAAUACUACGGGAGAACUGGAUGAAGAAACAAUCAACGUCAUGUCACUGCCAAGAUGUGGUGUUCGUGAUAAAGUGGGUUUUGGUGAAAGUCGAGCGAAACGAUACGCCCUACAGGGCUCUAGAUGGCGAGUGAAGAACCUCACUUACAAGAUCUCGAAGUACCCAUCAAGGCUUAAUCGCGCAGAAGUGGACACCGAGCUUGCCAAAGCAUUCUCCGUAUGGUCUGAUUACACUGACCUCACGUUCACCCAGAAACGAUCUGGACAAGUCCACAUUGAAAUCAGGUUUGAGAAAGGAGAACAUGGUGAUGGCGAUCCUUUCGACGGACCUGGUGGAACCCUGGCUCAUGCUUAUUUCCCAGUAUAUGGAGGUGAUGCACACUUCGAUGACGCCGAAGUUUGGUCAAUAAAUUCAAGGCGUGGAACUAAUCUAUUCCAAGUGGCGGCUCAUGAAUUUGGUCAUUCACUGGGACUGUCCCACAGCGAUGUGAGAUCAGCUCUUAUGGCUCCAUUCUAUAGAGGAUACGACCCUGCUUUCCAAUUAGACCAAGAUGAUAUUCAAGGAAUUCAGGCAUUAUACGGACACAAAUCUCAAGUAGACAUCGGCGGUGCUAUAGCCCCAAACCCCACAAUCCCUCGGGUCACGACACAACAGCCGUCAUCAGAGGACCCCGCCUUAUGUGGUGACCCUACUUUCGAUACGAUCUUCAAUUCCGCAGAUGGAGCGACAUUCAUUUUCAAAGGCGAGCAUUACUGGAAAUUAACAGAGAAUGGUGUAGCCGCCGGUUAUCCACGUCUCAUCUCCCGAGCAUGGCCAGGUCUUCCCGGUAACAUUGAUGCUGCGUUUACAUACAAAAAUGGAAAGACAUACUUCUUCAAAGGAUCCAAGUACUGGAGGUAUAACGGUCAGAAAGUGGACGGUGACUACCCCAAGGAUAUUAGUGAAGGUUUCACUGGAAUCCCAGACAACAUCGAUGCAGCUCUAGUCUGGUCUGGAAAUGGCAAGAUUUACUUCUACAAAGGCUCCAAGUUCUGGCGAUUCGACCCAGCUCAACGGCCUCCCGUCAAAUCGACAUAUCCCAAACCCUUAUCCAAUUGGGAGGGUAUCCCAGACAAUAUAGACGCUGCCUUACAAUACACUAAUGGAUAUACGUACUUCUUUAAGGGUGGUUCAUAUUGGCGGUUUAAUGAUAGGACAUUUAGUGUGGACACAGAUAACCCAGCCUUCCCCAGAUCCAGUGGUUACUGGUGGUUAGGUUGCAGUAGCGCACCACGUGGAACUGUCGGAGGUAACGCCCGCCUAACACAGACACCUCUAGAAGAUGACGAUGUCGGAGAUAUACUCUUCGACGCAGAUGGCGCUAGUGAUACUAGAGGGAACAAUGGCGUGGCGGCGUUUAUUCCAAGCACGUGGACGGCGUUGGGACUUGCUCUGGUGGUGGCGUUGUAUACAGGCGCCUAG